CUCCUGCACAGGAAUCUGCACCACCAGCAGAAGCCAAACCAAAAGGAGUUCCUAAAACCUUGGAAGAAAAAAAAGCAGAAGCUGCGGCUAAGAUCCAAGCUGGAUUCCGCGGCUUCAAGUUCAGGAAAAAAAAGAAAGUUCUAAUUGGAGUUCUCAUUCCCAUUUUCAAGGUUUUCUGUCUAAAGAAGAGGAAGAUGCGCAAGUGGUGGGUUUUUCAUCCCGAAGGAUGAAAAUACCUCCACCCAUAAAACCCAAAGAUACUAUACCAGGGGCACCAUAUUUUAUUGAGUCACCACUAAAGGUUGUAGCAAAAGAAGGUGAUAAUGUGAAGUUUGAGGCCGUGGUUGAAGGUGAUCCCGAACCAAAAGUGAGCUGGUAUAGAGGAGCAAGACUUUUAAGCGACGGUGGUCGAUUUAUGAUAUUUCACAAUGAAGUGGCUUCUGUCCAUACUAUGCAGAUGAAGAAAAUUUUGCCCAAAGAUACUGGAAAAUACUCUUGUAAAAUAGAAAAUGAGAAAGGAAGUGAUAGCAGUGCUUUCUCUCUAUUAGUUGAAGCACUUGCAAAAGAUGAAGUGGAUUGGAGGUCAAUGUUAAAACAUAAAGAAUAUUCACGAAGACAGUCUAAGGAUGAAGAUCCAGACUGGGGAAAACUUAAACACAGAGGCAGCAGAGGCAGUAUAGAUGAAGAAGGAGGGCAAAUUAAACUGAAGAAAGUGGAAAGGAAGCAGAAAUCAUACGCAGAAGUAACAGCACCAUUGAAAAAGACCAAAGUCAAUGCAAGCUUGGGUCGUGCACGUCUACCUUGUGGAGUAAGGUAUUUGAACUGUGAGCCCAGAUGGUUCAAAGAUGGCAAACAGUUGGAAAAUGGGGAUAAGUAUAAGUUAAUGAAACGUAAAGAAGACGUGGAACUGAUCAUUCUGGAUAUAAAACCUGAAGACUCUGGUGAAUACAGCGUUGAGUUUGGAGACCCAGCGAUUGCUGGCUCUACAGCAGAGUUAACAAUUGAGCCUCAAGCUCCUUCAGCUGCUAAAAAAAGAACCCGGUUCACCAAAAAAUUGAAAACCUGCCAAGUUAAAGAAGGAGAGGAAGCCAAGUUUGAAUGUAUGGUCACAAACGCAAAUUUACCGUUCCACUGGGAGAAGAAAGGUUCACCUGUCAAGAGGGAUAAACGACAUCAAGUAAUUGACGUUGGUAAAACGCGUAUUCUCAUGAUUAAAAAUGUCACCCCAGCAGAUGAAGGAGAGAUCAAGUGUUUUUGUGGUGAUGAACCAGACUCUGCAGAGUUGUUUGUUGAACCAAAACCCAAACCCCAAUUUGUGAAGCUACUACAGAGUCAACAAGUGAUGGAACGAGACAGAGCUGUGCUGCAGUGUGAUGUGAACAUGGACGAUGUUGAGCUAAUAUGGCUGAAAGAUGGAGCACCAGUUAAAGCUGAUAAUAGAGUUAAAAUCAGACACGCCGGUCUUAUUCACCAGUUGAUAUUUGAAGAUGUCAAAAUGGAUGAUGAGGCUGAUUAUGAGGUCAAAGUGAAAGGUCUUGAGGAGACUUGCUCUUCCUGUUCAUUGCUUGUUGAUGAAUACAAACCACCUCCUGACUUUGAUGAGAAGUUGACUGAUGUUGUUGGAUGUGAGGAUGAUGAAGCUGAAUUUGUUGCCAAAGUAAAUGACAAAGAUGUUGAGGUACAAUGGCUGAAAGAUGGUAAACCAAUACCAAAAGAUCCCAGAAUCAAACACACAAAGCAAGGAGUUCUAAGAAAAUUAAUUAUUAAACCUGUCACUCCUGAAGAUCAAGGAGAAUAUACAUGUAUUGCAGGGGACAAGAAAACUGUUGCAUCUCUCAAAGUUGAAGGAAAACCUGAAAAGAUGACAUUGUCUCCAAAAAAGCAGCUAACAAAAAAGUUACCCAUUCCUGAGCAAAGUGAACCACCAAAAGGAGAAUAUGAAUUCCAACGUGCUCAGCUAAAGAAGUUCAACACGCCAACAAAAAUUCACAACACUGAAAUUGAGCCACCUAGUUCUGUGAAAAAAACACCAGCAGCACCACUCAGUGUUGAUAACAAACCAACAGUGCCACCUAGUGACAUUGACAACAAACAAAGAGCGCCACCUAGUGAUGUCAAAGAGAGUUCUACAGUACCACGUUCUAUAAAGUUGGUUACCCUUGAUGAACCUUCCCAGCUGUUGUCAAGUGCACCACCCAUUAUCCUAACAGAAGACAGGGAAAGUAAAUCUGAAGAAAAACCCAAGUUAGAUAUUGGAAACUUGAGGGACUUCAAAGUUAAAGCUGGUGAAACUUUUGAUAUCACCUUACCAUUCACUGGCGUACCAGUACCAACUGUUGCCUGGACACUGAGAGGUAAAGAAGUUCAAGAGACUAGUAAUAUUACCAUGAAAACAACGGAAACUACCAUUAUUCUAAAAGUGGAGGAUGCUCGCAGAGUGAACGGUGGUGUAUAUCAGGUCACUCUGACAAACGCAUCAGGAUCUGAUAGUGCAACAGUCAAAGUGACUGUCUUAGAUGCACCUGGCACUCCAGAAGGUCCACUUUUAGCGUCUGAUGUCACUGCUAACAGUCUUACCUUACAAUGGAAACCACCACUUGAUGGCGCAGAUGAAACAGACAACUAUAUUGUUGAGAAGUGUGAAGUCGGGACUGGUAAAUGGCAGCGUAUAACAAGCUUUUGUAGUGGACCAUCUUGCAAAGUCCGAAAUCUCAAUGAGGGUACAGAAUAUCAGUUCCGUGUGAUGGCAGAAAAUCAGUAUGGCGCCAGUAAACCAUUGACUGGGGAGUCUGUAGUGGCUAAGAAUCCAUUCAAUUGUCCUGGAUCUCCUGGUCAGCCUAAAGCUACAGAAACUACUAAGACCAGCAUAUCAUUACAGUGGACUGCACCAACCUCAGAUGGUGGUAAUCCUAUCAUUGGCUACUUGGUAGAAAAGAAGGAUCUUCGUAAUGAUAAAUGGGUUAUGGUGACUAAAUCACCGUUACGAUCUAUACGUUAUACUGUGCCCAAGCUUGUAGAAGGACACGAAUAUGAAUUCCGUGUCAGUGCUGUCAAUGAGGCAGGCCCAGGAAAACCAAGCUCCACAUCAGAAGCUAUAAUGGCAGCACCACCUGCAAAAAAACCAUCUAUAUCUCCUGAAUUCAAGCAUAAAACUAUCACUGUGCGUGCAGGAGAUCCUUUCCGACUGGAGGUACCAUUCGAUGGUAGUCCAGUGCCACAAACAAUCUGGUCACUGGAAGACAAAGGAGAUGUAGAAAUCCAACUGUCUGAUAGAUUGACAUCAGAAACAGAUGAAUUUUCUGUACUUCUGAAGUGUAAAUGUGCUGAAAGAGACGAUACCGGCAGAUACAAACUGACAUUGAAGAAUCCUAAGGGUUCAGAUACUGCAUCAAUAAAAGUUAACGUUGUGGAUCACCCCGGUCCUCCACAAGGUCCAUUAAACGUUUCAGGCGUAACAGCAGAAUCAGUGAAAUUGUCUUGGAGUCCACCCAAAGAUGAUGGAGGUAGCCCAGUAACCAAUUACAUUAUUGAGAAACGUGAAACUGGCACCACCACCUGGCAGAAGGUCAGCACUUUUGCCAAGUCUACUACGUAUGAGGUACCAAACUUGGAAGAAGGUGUGGAAUAUUCAUUCAGAGUGCUAGCAGAGAAUGAGUAUGGAGUCAGUGAUCCAUUAGACACAUCUAGACCAGUAACAGCUAAAAAUCCAUAUGAUGUUCCUGAUUCUCCGGGUAAACCAGAUAUUAAAGGUAUUGACCGAGGAUUUGUUAGUCUUACUUGGACUGAGCCUGAAUCUGAUGGUGGAAGUCCAAUUAUAGGAUAUUUUGUAGAGAAGAAGGAGAGGGAUUCUAGUACAUGGAUGCCUGCAGUAGAGUAUGUAGUAAAGGCCACUAGUGUAUCACUGGUUAAUCUGGAUGAGUACUCAGAAUAUGAAUUCCGUAUUAAAGCUAAAAAUGCAGCAGGUUAUGGUAGACCUAGUAAGAACUCAGAUUCUGUAACACCUUGUCCUCAGUACACAAAUCCUGGUGCCCCAGGAACACCUAUAAUAGAUGAUGUAGAUAAACAUCACAUUGAUUUGUCAUGGUCUCCUCCAAAGAAUGACGGUGGCAGCAAAGUAACAGGCUACAAUGUUGAGUAUCGUGAACCUGAGAACAAUAUUUGGACAAAAGCUAACAUUUUCACUGCAAAGGAACCCAGAUUUACUGUGGGUGACUUGAUAGAAGGUCAACAAUAUAUCUUCCGUGUUAUCGCCGUCAAUAUUGCUGGUCCAGGUGAACCAAGUGGAGAAACUGAUCCAGUUGAAGCAAAGGAUAAAAUCG